AUGACAACCCGACGCAAUGUCAGUGAAAAGACCAUCUCAGAGGCACAAGGAGGCCCGCCACCCGCUGAUCAAGUCUCCGAUACAUCGCCAGCAGUUCCAGCCUCUGUCAUCUACAAGCUUCUUGGAUUUACGGUGGCCAUGAUCUGUGCACCAAUCGGCUCAUACUUUCUUCUGCUCAACACUGUCUUUGCAGGAAAUGCCACAUAUUCUGGCGCCUUUGCUGCGAUAAUGGCAAAUGUCGUCUUGGUUGGCUACAUUAUCGUCGCCAUGCGAGAAGAUGACAGCGAAAGGAUUGAAGCAGAAGAGAAACGCAAAAAGGGCCAAUAG